AUGAGCGGAAAGGCAGGCGCAUAUGGAACAAAAGGCGGCGGCGACACAGACUUCAGGAAAACAUGGGACCGAGACGAGAUGGCGCAAAGGGCGAAGGAUAGGGAGGCAAAGGACCGCGAGGAAGGGAAAGAGCGAUAUGAAGCGAAACUGGCUGGCAAGACAUACAGGCGGAGGGCGUCUACGCCCGACGAUCUGAAGCAGACCGAGGCCAGGUCGGAGCGCAUAGAUUGGAGUAAGAUGAUUGGAAAGCAGACCCUCACAUCGGCAGCGGCAGCCGUUGGCAAGAGGGGACGCGGUGCGGGCGCAUACUGUCAAGCCUGUGACCUUACAUUCAAGGAUAACAUUCAGUACGUCGAACAUUUGAAUAGCAAGCAGCAUUUGGUCGCGACGGGCCAGUCGGGCGAAGUACACCGCGCUACAGUCCAGGAAGUACGCGAUCGCCUACGAUAUCUCAAGCGGAAACGAGACGAGGACAAGUUUAUGGAGGUGACGGACCUAGAUGCGAGACUGGCCAUGAGUAAGGAGCAAAUGGAAAAGGAUGCCGAAGAGAAGAGGCGGCUUCGCAAUGAGAAGCGCCGAGCGAAGAAGAAGACAGACGCCAAUGCCAUGGAGUGGAAGGUCGAGGGUGACGGCAUUAUCCGCUGA